AUGACCUCAACUUCAACUACGAAAACUUUUUCAUUAUCAUCAUGUGAUUGGAUAGGUUUUGAUUUGGAUCAUACAUUAAUUCGUUAUCGUUUACCUGAACUUCAUACAUUAAUUUAUCAAUCACUCUGUCAAUAUCUCGUUGAUACACAUCAAUACAAUUCUCAUUUACUUGAAAUUCCGUAUGAUAAUUAUUUUGGUGUUAAAGCUUUAAUUUAUGAUAGUCUGUAUGGAAAUUUAAUUCAAUUAGAUUCGAAUGGAUUAGUUCAUACAGCAUUACAUGGUGUUAAUACACGUUUAUCAUCUGAAAAAAUUAAAGAAAUUUAUCCAAAUGCAUUCGAAGCUAUUGAAGAAGAUACUACAAAUAUUGUUGAUUUAAUUGAUAAAGAAAAUUUAUAUGAAAAAUCUUCAAAAAAUCAAAUUAAUUUAAUGAAAAAAUAUAAUUUUUUUCUAAUAGAUCUUAAUAACGGAUUUAGUUAUUUAUUUAAUGAUUUUCAACGUGGAAAUUAUUUUUCAUCAAUACGUGAAAAUCCAAAUAAAUUUAUAUAUAAACGUUUAGAUGUUCGACAAUGGUUAGAAAAAUUAAAAAAAUCAAAUAAAAAAUUAUUUUUAGCAACAAAUUCACGUUUUGAUUAUACAAAUUUAUUAACAACUUAUGCAUUUGGCAAUGAUUGGCAAAAUCUAUUUGAUUUUAUUAUUGUUGAUUGUAAAAAACCUUCAUUUUUUAAUAAUUUAAAUAAACAAUCAUUUUAUCGAUUUAUUAAUGAUAAUAAUAUAAUACCAGUUACUAUUGAUGAAAUAAUUAAAAAUUUUAAUCAAAAUUAUAUUUAUUCAUUAGGUAAUAGUGAAGAUUUACAUUUAAUUAUGAAUCAAAUAAGUAAUAAAGAUCCUAUAGUUAUAUAUUUUGGUGAUCAUAUUAAAUCCGAUAUAAAUGCAUUAAAACGUCAUACAAAUUGGUUAGCUGGAAUUAUAAUUGAAGAACUUGAAUUUGAUUUACCACCAACAAUAAUUCAUACAACUAAACAUCAUUUAUCAAAUCGAUUAUUAAUAAAUGAUGAAUCUUAUAUUAAAGGAAAUCGAUCAAAAUUUUUUUCUAGUUUUUUUACUUCACCUUCUGAUUCAAUUAUUUUCGAUCAUGAUAAUAUAAAUCAAACUAAAUUUGAACAAACGGAACCUGAUACUAUAUUAUCUUCUUUAUCAUCUUAUUGGUAUACAUAUAUAACAAAACAUGCACAUUUAAGUUUAAGUUGUUUAAGUGUAUUAGCAAAUCAUUUAGAUUUAGAUCAUCAAUUUCAACAUGAUGAAAAUACUAAACAUUUUAUUUUAUUACAGAAAAAUUAA